AUGGAAAGGGAAGCCAGGGCGAGAGCAGAUGAGAAUGUAGCAAAAGAGCUUCGCAAUCUGAGAGAAGUAGUUAGAAACAUCCAAACUAACAAAGGGUGUGAAGGACUGGAGUACGAGGAUCUGUGUAUUCAUCCUGACAUCGAGUUGCCUGCUGGAUAUAAAGUACCCAAAUUUGAUAUGUUUGACGGGAAAGGAAAUCCUCAGGCUCACUUAAGAUCGUACUGCAAUAAGCUUGUCGAAGUGGGAAAAGAUAGAGCCAUUCGGAUGAAACUGUUUAUAAGGAGCCUGACAGGAGAGACGCUCGAUUGGUACACGUGCCAAGAUCCGCAGAAAUGGCACAGUUGGGGAGAAAUGGCCCAAGAGUUCAUGGAUAGAUUCAGGUUCAACACUGAGACUGUCCCAGACCGAUUCUACUUGAUAAAAUUAGAAAGGAAGUCGACAAAAACUUUCCGAGAGUACGCUAUGCGCUGGAGAGCAGAAGCCGCGAAAGUCCAACCCCCAAUGGCGGAGAAUGAGAUGAUGAUGCUCUUUGUACAGUCUUUAAAGGAUGAUACAUACUAUGAAAGACUGUUAAGCGCCAUCGGAAAAAGUUUUCUGAAGUCAUCAGAAUGGGAGACUUCAUAG